CUCUGCAGCCUCCUGCCCGGCCGGGGCGCCGCAGGAACGGAAGAGGUGACCGUCGGGGAGGUUGGAGAGAGCAUCCUCCUUGUGUGCCGGAACGUGUCUGAGCAAGCAAGGGAGGUGGACUGGUUUCACGGUGUCCCAGGCAGCAUCCCCCCACUCAUGUCCUCCAAGCUCGAGCUGCCCCAGGAUGCCCGCCUCUCUUUGGUGGACAAUACUUCACUACGCAUCACAGAGCUGCGUUUGCAGGAUGAGGGCAAUUAUACCUGCAAGGAGGUCCUGAACCAGACUGCACAUGAGCACAGAGUCCAGCUCCUGGUAGCCAAUGGCCCCAGCCAUAUGACUGUCACCAUCUCCCCCUCUAUGGCACUGCCCAAUGGCACCAGGUAUGUAGAAAAAUAUGCUACUGUGGUGUUCAACUGCACCAGCAACUCCCGUCCAAAGCCCACCAUGGGCUGGACUUUCUAUCCGCCCAGUUCUUCACCUGAAGUAUUCACUGAAGACAACAGCUCCUCCAACUACUUCAUCCUGAGCAACUUUUCGCCGAGCUUACAAGGGAAUUACUCGUGCUCAGCAAGGAACCCUCUCAGCGGCAGGAGACAGACCCUGACCAAAGAACUCCUUGUCUAUUAUCCCCCACAGUCGGUCCCAAGGUGUUGGGCUCAAACCUUAGAGAUGGGGUUGAUACUGCAGCUGUUUUGCAGCUGGGCUGGAGGCUACCCACCCCCAGUCCUUCAGUGGAGGGAAGAGAAGAGAGACCUGGAGAAUUCAAGUUGUGUUGUCAACACAACAGUCACUGCAGAUACCCGUGUGGAAACAAUCAACAGCUCUCACCUCUUCCAUGGAAAGGAGUUCAAGUGUGUUGGGAACCACAUCAUAAAGGCACAGACAGCUGACCCGACCUGCACUGUACAAAUCACAAUCCCUUCAUUGGAGGCAGAGCCCCUGAAGACGUGCUUUGUGGGAGGUAAUGUGACCCUCACAUGCCGAGUGACAGAGAGCAACCCUCCAGCAAAAAUCACUUGGCUCCGGAGCAGUGGCCAUUCAGAAGCAGAGAUCCAGCCUGGCAAGAGACAUCACAUCAUGCAGGAGGGCAGCGUUUCCAGUCUCACCAUCCAGAACUGCUCCCACAGUGAUGAUGAAGGCUAUUACCUCUGCAAGGCACAAAACCCUGUGGGGCUGAGGGAAGUGUAUGUCUGCCUCACUGUAAAGAAGCCAGUGAAUAUAGUUGGAGUGGUGGGAAUGAUCGUGGUCCUCUUACUGCUGGGAAUUCUGGUCAUCUCGGGAAUUAUUUUGUACUACAAUCCGCUCCUGUGUCUGAAAGGCAGUGUGUUCAGGAAUCAAGACUCAAGUGAUGUCUUAGUGCUGGUGGACUCUGAGGCAGAAGACAAGGAGGAAGAGGAAGAAGAGGCAACCAGUGACUCCACUGUGCAUCAGGUGACAGCCCUGGUGAAUGGGAAUGGCCUACAGAUGGGUAAUGGCUACCACAUCACUGAGGGUGACAGUGAUGAGCAGCACAGCAAGAUCUCAUCAGAGGAAACAGAGCAUGAAGAGAGGCCGAUUACAUAGAGGUGUAUUCUCUCUUUACUUCGGAAAUGCAUGGAAAUCUGGGUGGAGGUUAAACUUCAAGCGCAUCAUUUACCCACAGCUUCACUAAGGCUGUUAAAAUCCUGCAGUAGGACUGGUCAGUCACACAGUUCCAGCUGUUAGUUCCUUCCUUCCCUGAUUUCCAUUUUUCUGUUUGUUAAUUCCUUCUCCAUACCCUCAACAUCUCUGAGCCUGCCACUGACUUGUUUGGGAUGCACCUGAAAAAUAAUGGUAGCUCAGCUCUCCUCAGAGCAUAGAGAAGGCAAAGACAAUGCCAGGAAUAUGCUCCUAUGGACCAGAAGAAGCAAAUUCUGUGGAAAGGAUCCCUUCAUCACUGUUAGGAUGUGCCUUGGUCUGUUUUUUAUGGUAGAGUUAAAUCAGUGGAAGGGAAUGUCAGGAUGUUUUAGAUACUGCACGGCCAGAGAAGCUGAAUUUCCCCAGGUCUGUAUGAAAUGAAUGAUCUUUUGCACUGGAAAAGCUAGAGGGAAGUCACUGAGCAUUGCACAUGGUUUUGAUGCAGAGAUCUGACCCAGUUCUAAAAUGGUGGUUCCCAAGCAUUUUGGGACAAAGGACUGGUAUUGGCCUUUAACAUUUUCUUUUGUGGCCUCAGAUCACAGUUUGGGAACUACCAUGCUAGAUUCACUGUCUAAGCCAUUGACUAGUCCCACUGUGAGCUCUGGCUGGAGGAGGAGGAAGGACAUGCCAGUCACUACACAUUUUUCCCUUUGUGUUUUUUCUGAUCAGGAAGGACAGAUGUGUUUGUAGUUAAGAUUGUAAAUAUGAGUUCUGUUUCUUCAUCUGUCACAGACUUCCAGGUGAAGAAAGUCAGAGAGUGGUCUCUAAUUAUAGAUGCAUCAGUCUGGGGGCUCCCACCUUCAGAUGAAUCUCAGGAGAUGCAACAGCCCUGUCCUGCCUUGCCCAUAUACUGCACCCCCUUCAGCACCCCUACUGCCCUGGGAAGCUAUGGGCUCAAGACAGCUUGUGCCUAUCUCAGAUUCACCCCAGAGUGAAGACUGGUGUGAGAUAUGCUGGCCUACAUUAUAGAUGGCUCUGCUGGGUCUAUAGCUCUGCCUUGCACAAUUAUUGCACAAUUAAAGCAUCCUCCAUCCUGUGAAAACCAAAUGAAUGCUGCCUUCACCACAGGUACAAAGAGCCACAGAGAAGCAGAUUUAUCUCUGUAUAUUUUUUUCCUUAAACAUAUUGCUGAGGUUUGUGUGGAUAUGAUUUUUGUUUAUAGAAUAAAUUUAUUUUUCAGACAAAUAAAACCUCUGUUUGCU